AUGAAGAACAAAUAAAAUAUUGUUGACACCUAAAUCUUAGGUUUAAUGAGAUGUUCGAAAAUAAACAAAUAAAAGUUUAAAGAAUAAAAGGAAUAUAGUACAAUAAAAAAGGAAUUUUAAAUUAUCAUUAAUAUUCCAAAGGAAUUAGGAAUAAGGGAAUAUUUAAGAACAGAAAUAGAUAUAAUUUUCAGCACUGACUAUUAAAUAAAUUCUAAUUUAGGAGAACUAUGCACAAAUAUCUUUACAGUAGGCUAUAAAGUUUUAUAAACUGAUUAUUUUUAAGAUAAAUAAGUAUUCACAUUGUUCCCAAGAAAUUUGUAGUGUGUAAGCAUAGAUGUUAUUUAUAAUUUAUUAGAGAAAAUGAAUUUAUAAAAAAGCAAAGAAGACAUUCAAAAUUUUAUGUUAGAUCAUAAAAAGAGAAAUAUUUAAAUAAGUUAAUGUAAUGAUGUACACUAAGUUGACAUGUAUGCUUCUUAAUUUCCAUACGAAUCUUAUCUAAUAAGAUAUGAUUCAACAGGUUCUAAAGUUUUAAAAUAUAUAAACAAUGUGAAAUAUAUUCAAUUAAUGGGUAUAACAAGAGAAAUGAUGGAAUAUAACUUAAUGUAAACUCAAAUUUUACCUUGUGCCAUAAGAGUUGAAUCAUAUUUAGAUAUUUGGAGUAAGAUGUUCGAAGCAAUAUCCAGAAAAUCAAAUUUUUUCACAGCUGAAUUAUAAAAUUAUAAUGGUUAAAGAACAUUUGUAAAAAUGGAAUAAAGAUUGUUAUACUUAGUUCAAGAGAAUGACAAUAGUAUAUAUUGUUAUCUAUAUUGGAUAUAUCAUACAAAUCCAGAUCCAGCAAUAGCAGAAGAAAACUAUUAGAAAGAAUUAGAUUCUUAAAAUCCUAAACCAAAAUAGUGUACAUAUAAAUAAAUUUGCAAUUGA